AUGGACGCCCAGGCCAAAGCCGCGGCGACAGCGCCAAGACUCCCGGUCGAGCUCGUCCUUCACAUCGUUGAUUCCGUGGCCCCUUCAAACCCCAACACCAUUGUACCGCCCUCCGACGAUGUGACCAAGACGCUCCUCAGUCUGUCCCGCGUCUGUCGUGCAACCUACCCAGUGGCAUCUAAGAGGCUUCGGCAGCACUGCGUGUACAUUGAGUCGAACGACAGGGCCAGGCGGUUCGCCCGAUACUUGGGCGGGCCUUUGUUUGACCACUCAGGGUCCAUGGCCCGCGUCCAUCACUUGACGCAGAUCACGCAGAUGUUCCUUGCCCCCUUCUCCGAUGAGCCGCGCGAACGUAGUAGGUCCAUCAUCCAACGAGACGCAGGCGAUGAGACCUCUUCGGACCAUUCUUGGGAGCUUACCGCUCCUUCUCCGCUGGAUCUUCCGACUGCGCUUGCCGUGCGAGACAUCUUCAGGGCUCUCGCUCCGUACCUUCGCCGCCUCACCAUAGACAUGCCAUUGCGCUCGCUGUACCCUGAUCAGGAUCGCUACCGCGUGCGGCCGGUUCUGCGAUCAGCAUUUCAAGCGCUGGUGAACCUGGAAGAGUUCACGUCUGUCCAGGACGAGUUGUUCCUGAACGCCUAUUCUUUGGGGCAUGGAGAGCCACUGGUCUGGCUGCACUGCUGGAAAAAGCUGCGACGCCUCUGCAUAUACAACCCCGAUAUCGGAUCUCAGCAGCCAGUGUGGGACGGCAUGGUUCUUCACCCCAGUCUGGAAGUUGCUAUCUUCGCACGAGCAGACAUGAACGACAUAACAGAAGAAGACAUGGCAUACAGUACUGUGGACAUCAAGAGGGCAUGGUUCAACUCGCGGUCCAAGAUCAAGGACAUUGACCCCUCGAAGAGGGAUCGAGCUGAGAAGAGCUUCACCAUCGUUCUAGUCGACUGCGGCGGCUUGCAUCCAACGUUGCAAUCUUUUGCACACGGGUGGAGUAGGCUCGACCCAGAGAAUCAGAUCCAGGUUCUCCUCUCCGAUGCGCCGGAGUCAGAUGGAACAGAUGCUUUCCAAAAUCCGAUAGCUCUUACUCAGACAUAUCUGCGAGACAACGCGGUCCGUGGCGUUCUAUUUGACGAGACGGCCAUGUCCAUGCGGCAGGCGAUCGACCAUGAGAACGAACCUGGUGGCAUGCUGGCUACAGUCAACGGCACGGAAUGA